AUGACAUCCUGGUACUCCAACCUCCUAACCAAAACCUCGUCACAAAUCUCCAAUCUCCGCUCGACACUCCUCGCCUCGGAAGCCGACGGCGACACCGAAGACGACACGCACGUCGCCCGCGUGCUGCGAAACUACUACACAGAGAAAGGCCGCCCCUUUCCGCCAUGGCUGCCCCCUGACCCCAAGGCGCCACCGCAGCAGUCCGUCCAGCCGCUGUACGCACAGUCAGGGAAUGGACCAAUGCAACAACAGCAGCAACAGCAACAGCAACGGGCCCCGCAGCCCGGAGGCGGUGGUCUCAGCAGUUUGUGGGACAACAAUGGCGGCCAGCAGCAGCAGCAGCAAGUGCCACAGAGCCUGCGGGCUGGCGGCGGUGGGAGAGGGGGCGGAGGACAGCCUGGGUUGAUGCAGAGACUGGACGAUCGGCCAUCGCCUGGGAGCCGUGCGGGCAGUAUUCACAGUGUUCACUCCACGUCGAAUGUAUCAUUGGCGCCCUCGCCCUCGGGUGGCGGUGGCUCGUCAGCUCAGGAUCGGCUAAAGCAGAGGCUUUGGGGCGCUCGGUCGGGGAGUCCACAACAGGGUGCGCAGAGUGCCUACCAAGCUCCGCCCGCAGGAGCUUCUGGUGGCUAUGAUGAUCGGGGUAGUGGUGGCGCACCGCAUAUGAGUGCGAAUGCGCCCUGGUCGAAUGGCGAUGACUACAGUGGCGGCGGCGGCGGUGGUGGGAGAUCUGGACUACCCAGCGCUGGUCGACGGCAAGGGCUGCCAAGCAACCCACGGGGAUAUAGAUAG